AAAAACUUUCAACAAGAAAAAUCAAAACAAACUUUUUAAAAGUCAAAAUCAUUAAUUAUAGCCAUAUUACAGCAUCUAGAAUACAAAAAACAAGCUUAUCGUCGAAAUAAAGAACAAACAAGAUGGAAACAGAAAUAGCCGAAAUUAAAGCAGCUCACAACAAGGCAGUAGCUGACUUUUACAAAAGUGAAUUAACAAAAGGCGAUCAAUUCAAGAAGACACUCUUAUCGCUAUCAAAUUUAAGUGAUAUCCAGUUGGUUCAAGUUGUGGAUGUCUCAUCAAUUAAUUUAUGUCCACUUUACUAUAAUUAUGCUGUCGUUUUGUUCCAUCAGAAGCAGCUGUAUUCAGCAUUAAAGAUUAUGACUGGAAUUCUUCAGCAUGUCGAUCAUUUAAACAACAAAUUCUUAGAGAAAGUUGGUCUAUUGACUGUUUGCAUUUUGUUGGACACAAAUCAUCAUAAAAAGGCUGAUCAGCUGCUUGAAAUGCUUCAAAAUCGGUUAAAUAUUAAUAAUGACGAUAUCUUGUUGAGUGAUGAUGAAUUGUUGGAAUCAGAACAAGGAAGGAAGCCAGAAGAACUUGACGAGGAACAAGAAAUUUACAGGAAUCUAUUUAGGCUUGCCUUAAUCCGUUCCAGGUUGCUCAACAGAAAAUCAGUCAUAAUUCCAUUAGAAGAGACAUCAAAUUUCUCAAUUUUAAAAGCUCAUCAAUUUUAUUUAAUGAAUGACUUCCAAAUGUCUGCAAAAGAACUGUCCAAACAGUUUAAGAAUGAAGUGGUUACAGUCAAAAAGUACGGUGAAGAUCAGAAUGUCUGCAUUGCUAAUAAUAUGGGAUUAAUACACUUUAGUGUCAAGCAUUAUUCACUGGCUGUGAGGUUCUUUCAACAAGCACUACUUUUCGAUCAGAAAGCACUGGAAACAGCACGAAAGGAUUAUAGUAAUCAACUUCCUUUACACUGUCUUGGAGCUACAAAAAGAGCAGACAUUUUGUACAAUUUAGGUAUUGCCUUGCUUUACCUUCAACGUCCGAAAGAUGCAUUUGAUUGCCUGCUAGUUCCACUUAAUGUUUAUCAUAAAAAUCCAAGAUUAUGGCUGAGAUUAGCAGAAGCAUGUAUUAUGGUCCAUAAACAACAUUUAAAAGAACAAGAAUCGCAGAAUAAAAAUAUCGUCUCGUCAGUUAUUGGAAGUGGUGUCCACAGAAAGUUCGUAAUAACUCCAUCACAGCUUAAAUAUUCGAUUGACGAUACAGGAUCUUCAGCGAUUCCAAGCACAAGUCUAGAAUUUGCUCUUUUAUGUCUCAGAAAUGCAUUGACACUUGUUAAUCAUUAUCUACAAAUUUCCACUGUUUUGGACAUGAAAUCAGUUAAAUCUGAGACAUUUGAGGUAUUUGGCAAUAACUGGAAUAAAGCACUUGACGAUGGUGUCCUUUGCAAUCCAUCAAAGCCUUUAUCAAAAGCUGCAAUUGAGAAACUAAGGAUGCACAUCCUUACAGCAUCCAGCUAUGUAAGUCUAUGCUUGGGUGAUUACACAAUAUCUUUACAGCAUGCAAAGGAACUGCUGAAAAUGGAAAACAUUCCAGACACACAUAAAAUGUUGGCAUAUCUUUAUUCAGCUGAAAGUUGCAUCAUGCUGGAUCGAAUUCCUGAAGCAAUUUCAUUUUUGGAUCCAAAACUCAUGACUGAGCUGAAAAGUACGGAUUUUGAGACACGAUCAUCACCUGAUUGGAAUAUAAAUACGCUUGAAGCAGCUAGUGCUGUUUUUACAUACAAUUUGGCUGUGUCUUUAGCUAUUUAUGGUGAUUUUGAACUUGCUAGGACAACUGUAGCAAUGUCAAGGCAUCCAAUUGUUACUUUUCAUGUAAAAAUGCUCGAAUUGUAUCUUGAAAUGCAGUCUGGAAAUGUCGAGAAAUGCAAGAAAAUGAUUGCACUUGAUACACCCCAAUAUUUUUAAUUUAAUUACUUGUAAUACUUUCUAAAAGUGGAAAUAAAGUCUUGAAAAUUUAAC